UGUUCAUAUUGCAGGUCAGGGGUGAGUCCCCACGUCACGCUGGAAGAUGGCGGCCGGGUGGCUGUGAGAUGAGGAGUCCGGGGCUGCACUGACAGAGCCGCACACAUGCAGUAAGGCAGAGCAUACUGAAUGAAAAGGGGAAAUGGAUCUGCCAAACCAUGCCAAACAACUGCUGCUUCAGCUGAAUCAGCAACGAGCCAAAGGUUUCCUGUGUGAUGUCAUCAUUGUGGUGGAAAAUGCCCUGUUCCGAGCUCACAAGAACAUCCUUGCUGCCAGCAGCAUGUACUUUAAGUCUCUUGUUCUCCAUGACAACCUGAUCAAUCUAGAUACCGACAUGGUCAAUCCAGCAGUUUUCCGUCAGAUUUUGGAUUUUAUCUACACUGGUAAACUCCUAACAACAUCUGACCAGCCUGGAGAGCAGAACUUCAAUGCUCUUCUCACUGCAGCAAGCUACCUCCAACUCCACGACUUGGCAACUCUUUGCAGGAAGAAGCUCAAGCGUGCUGGGAAGCCAUUUGUUGGAAAGCUUGGAGUGCCCAGCAUAGGCCGAGUUGGAAGGAGUCACAGGCUCUCCACUCCCCAACUUGCUCAUAUGCGAUUCUCUGGCUCAUCUGAUGAAAACAAGGGCUCCAACUCAAAUGAGCUGUCCAGUACUGCAGGGCAAGAUGAAGAUGUGUUUAUCAACAAUUCUAACCAGGAAAAUAGCCACCCUUUAAUUCGAGGUACAGGGAGCAACAACAGCCUUCAUAACAGCACUAAUGGGAGUGACCAUGAGAUAGGCCUUGACCUUUCCAAGAAAAGCCCGUCCCAACCUGCACAAGAAGAGAAUGUACAAGCAGAUAGUUGUGCAGGUUCCCCCCAAUCUGCCUCAGCAUCUGUAGCCAACAGUGCCUCAUACGAAGAAUCCGCCCUCCAAAAAAGAGACAGUGAACCAAUGGAAGUGGAGGAAAACCACUCUGAAUCCGGGCCAAAGAAACUGCUUCGCCACUGUCCCCGUAAAAAGGAGUGGGACAGGAAAGAAGGAGAAUUGUCUCCAGAGGAAAGAGGAGAACCUAUGCCCAAUGGAGUUAUUGUUGGGCCUAAGUCAAAAGAGAGAAUAUCUGGAGGGGGCUAUGCUUCAGAAAAGGGUUUCCAGUGUAAAGAGGAAGUGGAAAAUGGCAAAGACAACAGUGAGGAAAGUGGGCAUAGCGAGAACGAGACUGAACAUCCUAGUGCCAACUAUGUUUACCGACAAGAUGGAUUUGAGACUGUGCCAUUUGGAGACAACUUGUAUGUCUGUAUCCCCUGUGGAAAGGGGUUUCCCAAUUCAGAGCAACUGAAUGCCCAUGUGGAAACGCACACUGAAGAGGAGCUAUAUAUCAAAGAGGAAGAUUCCUACUGCAAAGAGGAAGCGGAGGAUCUGUCCACUCCCAACACUACCUUUCCAAAUGAAUCACGGCCAUUCAAGUGCUCAGUGUGUGAGAGAAGUUACAAAGAUCCAGCCACCCUUCGACAGCAUGAGAAAACGCACUGGCUGACCCGUCCUUUUCCCUGUAACAUCUGUGGCAAAAUGUUCACACAAAGAGGAACCAUGACCCGCCAUAUGAGGAGUCAUCUGGGCCUCAAACCUUUUGCUUGCGACGAGUGUGGGAUGCGCUUUACAAGGCAAUAUCGACUGACCGAGCACAUGCGUGUCCACUCAGGGGAAAAGCCCUAUGAAUGUCAGCUCUGUGGGGGAAAAUUCACCCAACAGCGCAAUCUGAUCAGUCACUUGCGUAUGCACACCUCCCCAUGUUAAACCAAAGACUCUUACGACAUCCUAAGAAUGUGCUUCUCUUGUGCACACAAACACACACAAACCAAUUUACCUUCCUGAUGACUUGCUGCUUUAUGGGUACCUGUUUUCCAGUUGUAUCAGAGAUGGAAGAAAGGGGGUGCAAUGCCUCACCUGAGCUUUAAUGUGUAAUGAAUAAUGACAACAUUUCAACAUGUGGCAUAGUCAAAGCCAGUUGUACAUCAUCUUCAGUUUACACAACAAAGAUUACAUCCCCAGCACUCUUUGCCUCUACAUCAUCGGCACCUACACAAAGACUUCAGACACUCUUGCCAAGGAAUGGCCAUUGUGAUUCUUGCUGAUUCAACAAAUUCUAUUGUGAGCAUUGCCAUCCUACUAUACUAUUCUAGCAGCAAGUUUAAACAUUGAAGUUAAGUCUUUUGGUGUAGGGUGCAUUUUGGUGAAGUUUUACUGAAGGCAUGUUAUUUCACACCCUGUGAUGAUCACACCUUUCUACAUCUUGGCCCUGCCUACUUCUGUCCAGCCUUAAGAGGUGCUGGCCUCCUACUUAUAUCCAUGAAUCCAUCUAUGAAUGAAAACCAAGAAAACCUCACAACUCCCUCUCCUGGUUACCACUGUGGGCAUCUGGAUAGGUUCCUGCCAAGUUGCCCCUUUCUUACACCAAUGUUUAGAUAGCUGAAGGAGGGCUGGCACUUUUCUGGGGCUCUUGGUAUCCCGUGGCUGUGAAUUCUUUGCAUGUUCCCUCUUGGUACCUUUCUUCUUUCUGAAGGCCCUUUUUUUCCACAGACUGGAAACUAACAUUGCCCAACAGUUGUACCCAUGUGAGCCAGUGGGAGGGAGGUUCUUUGUUUUGCCUCCCUCUGUUUUCCUGUCUGUAAUAGGUACUUGUCUCAGUGCUGGGCUGUGGGAGACUGUCUAAUUUACAUUUUGAAUCUGUGAAUUUUUGAACUGGAAGUUUUAGGGUUAUUUUGGGGUGGUGGGUUAUGAUUCUUUCUUUUCACUACUCACUUUUUACAUGUUGUUGAGCUUCUCGUGUAAAGAUGAGCUCAGAAACAGACACAUCGUAACUCUUUCUGUCCUACAGAGGGCACCUAGUACUUUGUUACAGUGCUCAGUGCCCUGUUAACCUGACCCAAAAAGUGUUAAACCGUAGGAGGAUUAAUGUUUUCUCCACCCCACACACCUCCAAAAUAUAGGAAACGCUUCUCUUUACUGCCAGACUGGCUUCCAGUUGUAGCCUAUCUGUUAGGAAAGAAGGUUCUCACCAUGUUGCUGUUUAUGGUGACUACUAGUCGCCUAUUAGGUACUCCUGUGUGUGUAUACGUGAGUGUGUGUCGGUGUGCGUGUCAGCCUAUUGUGGCUGUGUAUGUAAAGGUGGAAGGAUGCGAUGGACUGGUCACUUUUGCUACCUCUUGAACUCUUGACAAGUGAGAUGCUUUUACGAAGAAGCUUUUGCAUAGUUUUUUUUUUUUUUUUUUUUCAUGUAAGUAAAUGUACAAAGUUAGAACAUUUAAAUUAAAUUGAAAACAUAAGACUGUCAGGAAUUUGCCAUACUCUACAUGUUACGGCUAUGAAAUAGAUCCAAAAAUGAACAGAACCCAAAGAGAUCCAAUCUGAAAUAAACCAAAAUAAUUACCAAACCCUUUUCCUAGAUAGAAGCGCCUCUUGCUGCAGAGGUUUGUGAUAUUUCCAAAGCUGUGACUCCCAAAGUGUUACAUAGUCUCCCAAUAUCUUUGCAAAUUAUGGCCAGCCGCUGUUAGAAAUGCAUCAGAAUCCAGAACUAACCAAAUACUGGUGUACCCUUACAAUUUAUGGCCACAUUAGAAAAUUCAAGUUUUACUUAUUAUUAUUUUAUUUUUUUAAGACCAAAACUAUGAAACUAAAGAAAAGUCAGGUUAAGCUGCAAACUUUUUUUAUUUUUUUAUUUAUUUUUUGUUCAUCAAAGUUCAGUCCUAUGACCUCAAAUGAAUGUAAGAAGAGACAAAGUAACAAACUGAGGCUUGAAAAUAUAGUUGUCUUUUCCCCAUGUGGAAUCGCGUUGAUGAUACGUUUAUUUGUGGUAUUUAAAGCCGAACUCCAGGAAGCAGAUUUAAACUGUCCACUAACAAAAACCCAGCAAGUCCCUGAAAUGUUGAAACAAUCGGAUUUAGAAGCCAUUCAGUCUCUUUGGCUUCCCAUCCUCCUCUGAACAACUGUGCAGGCAGGUCUAUAGCCUAAAAAAUACAUAAAAGCUGGCAUCCCUUUCUUCCCAAAAGAUGGUAAUCGCAACACUUCCUAGAGAUGCAUGGACUCUGUUCACAUCUGCAGAUAAUUGUAUGCCAACUAUUAAGUUUGCCAGGAAAGGAGCACAUUUGCAUAUGAUGGGAUUGAGCAGAUCUAAGCAGAUUGCAAACAUUUUGACUAGAAUGGGCAUGUUUAUUGCAUGUUUAGUUUUUUAAUCAUAUCUGGAGUUCUUCUUUAAACUAUCGAUAUUUAUAUAAUUGGUCUGCUCCAUUAAGUACUGCGAUUCCUGGAUCUACACAUUGUACACCUGUGUAGCUUAAUUAAUCAUGGAAUUUGCUAUGCUUGUGAUAUUUGUGCAUUGUCUCUUUUAGUUGAAAGUAGAUGAUUUGCAUUCCACACUGUUGAUAGCUGCUCUUGGUUGACUCAUAAUCUGGUUACAGUCCAAUUCAGUAGUUUUACAUUUGUGUAAUUCAGUAUGUGGGAAAUAAAUACAGAUGCUUCAGGGCCAAAGAUGAAAUAUCUUCUGGGGCUUGCUGAUAUUUAAUUUGACAAUUUUUCCUCACAAGGGUAUAUUUAUUAACAUAUGGCUGUAUCUCUUUGAUAUAUUUUAAUCAAUUCAUAUGAGAUGGCAAGUCUGAGCAGUCUGCUAAAAGCUACAAUCUUAAUUUAAUUCAAUGGGCAACUGCUAAAGUUCUAAAGGAAAUAUGUAGGUCAUAAAUAGCCCCUGGUGUAGAAGGCAUUGUCUGGUUCCUUGCCAUCUUGAUUUUUCAGUGCAGGAUGACAUCACUCCCGCGCAUGCACCUGAGUCAUUCAUCUCAACACACUGGCACUGUGCCGAAAAAUGUAAACGUGCAGCGGCACUCUGUUUACGUUCUGGGGAGGAUUGCAAGCAAGCAGGUAGGUUUAUUUUCUGGCAGAAGAGACAUUGCAUGUCAUUUCUGCAAUAAAGCACCUGCCUGUUCGCAAUUUUAAUUUUUUUUGCAUUAGUUUAAGGGAAAGUGGUCCAGUAGAUGUCGCAUAUUUUUUCCUUUUUUGGAAGCUGCUUCUACACAGCUAGAAGACAUUCACCCCCUCCCUACAUCCUGAUCCUACAGUAUAUGUACUUCUCUGUAAGUUGCUACGGUGUUCACAUUGCAUUGUGAAAUGAUGGGGGAGAUCGCCCAGAGCACUGAGUUUACUGUGGUAUUUGCAUACAGUGCUGUUUUUUUUUUUUUUUUUAGGCUGCUGGAUGUGUAGGAGCAGUUUCAUAGGAAAAGGGCAUUUCCUGCUGUUGCGCAAUUUUGUAAGUUGGAUUGUUUUUUUCUUAAGGGACAACUCCAUAGUUAUCUGCAAUGCUUGGGAGACAGACCAAGCUAUUUUCUACAUCGAAAUCUCUGCUCUGCCCGCAGUUCAGCCCAAUAUGAAGACCACCACUGCAGUUAAAAUAAUAACUCCAGGACUGCAGGUAGCAGCUGAACUGUGGAUAAAGCCAAGAUUUCUCUAAUUUUCACCAAAAGAAAUAAAACUUGUCUAUUACGUUUUACCUUUCCCAAAUGCUGCAGAGGGCUUUGUGGGAUUCUUUAACAUCAACUAACAUUGAGAAAAGAGCACAAAAAGAAGUCUACUAGCCUGUUGUAAUUUUCAAACGUGGUUAUGGGACUGAACUCUUUUUUUUUUUUUUUUUUUUUUUUUUUUUCACAGCUAGCCAUACACUGGCUGAACAAAAGUGCACCAUAGUCGAAUUUCCCCGUGCCAGGAUAACUGAUUUCGAACAGUACCUGCAUGUGAUUGGAUAAAGGUGCUGUUCGACUGACAAGUUAUCCAACAGGCUCCUUUGUUAAAAGUCAAUUGAACAAUCAACUUUUGCCAAAUGGAGUGGUGCCGGCAGGGACAUUCACUGCCUGAAAUUCGGCUGAGCCAGCAGAUAUCGGCCAAAAUUUGAGCAGUGUAUGGGCAACUUAAGUCUGGAUUCUCCAUUCCUUCCAAAAAAACAAAACUACUUUUGACAAUUCUUAAUUAAUAUGCCCUCCAAAGUUUGAGACUUUUCACUUCCUUAUGGUUUUUUUUUUUUUUUUUUACUGACUCUGCAGAAAAACAAUUGCUUCUAAACAGUGGUACAAUGUAGUCUUUCAGCUUUCUAGAUUAAAAUUGUUAAAUAAAAAAAAUAUUUCUGCCCGCAAUGAAUGAGGGAGCCUUUAGAAUUUAUUUUUUAAACCAAAAACUGGCACUCUCACCAUUGCUUAUACCAUUUUGAGAAAAAAAAGGUAUGAUCAUUUAUACCCUAGAUAGUAAAUUAAACUGCACCUUCACCCAUCCCAUAUACAUGAAAAAUAAAUCUUGACUCCCAGAAAAUGUUUUUUUUUAUGUAUAAUUUUUAUUUUUUUCUCAGCACUUAAUAUCGACACAAAGUCUGUGUAUAGUUGAGCAUUGUACUUUUUUUUUUUUUAUUAUAGCUGUGUAGGUUUGUGUUCUAGAGAAUGAAUUAAUGGAAUACAUUUCCAAACUGUGACAACAUGAAUAAUGACAAUACUUCUCAAACUUCAGGGACUGGCUACCUCCAGGCACCAAACUUUCAGCCACAUUUCUAUGACAUAGUAUUGUAUCUAACAUUUUCUGUAUUUUAUGAGAAAAGCUAAACACUAGUUUCAUAUUAAAGCAAAUUUUAAGAAUUGUGGGACCUGGGUGGAGGGAUGGGAGGGAUAGGGGCUAUAUUCUGUGUAUGAAACACACUUCAUAUUGUAAAAUGGUAGGCAGUGGGGGAAAAAUACAUGUUCCUGAUAUUUUUUUUUUUUUUUUCGGAAUAACAGGAAAAACAUUUUUUAGACGUGUAAACCAUAAACAAGGAUGUAUUAUAAAACUGAAAAAAAAAAAAACGAAAAGGAAAAAAAAUAGCUUGUACCCAAAUCCAUAAACUAUUUUUUAAACCAAAGCACAUUUUGAAGAAACCAACUGGGCUCAGAAAAUGAAUAAAAAAAAAAUAAAAAAAAAUGGACUAUUUAUAUUUAUCUCAUUGUUUACAUAACUCUUUACAGUUUCAGACCUCAGUAACAGACCAGUCAAAAUUAAUUCCACAUUUUCUUGGGUUUUCACUGACCUCAUUGCUUUCAUGUUUGGAGAUCCUGGUUUAUUGGCAGUGCAUGGAAGUUUAAUGUGGAAACUUGGUAAAUCUUAGGAUUUAACCUUUUCAAACACAAGAACUUUUGCCAUGGUGGUGGUUAAAUGUAUAUCUCCUUUUUAGGGUGCUGGAAACCCUAAUUGGUGUAUACAUAAUAAUUUGUUGAAAUGACCAAUGUACAGAUAGGUUUCACUGCCUUGAAGGCACAAAAACACAGAAAACCCCUAGUAAGUAAUGAUGAAUUCCUCCAUGAUAGAUGUAUGAUAUUCACAAUUACUACAGCCUCAAUUGUAUGUGUUACUCCACUGCAAGGUACAGUGAGAUGUCUUAGAGUAAGGUGUCCAAGAAAUAUUGGGCAACCAUUGCCAAUCACCUUAUGAAAAUAGUAGUUAUGCUGAUCUACUAGCUUUAGUACUUUUGAACCACUGACGUGGAACAGAUCAGGAAAGUGAGAGUCUUUCUCUGCAUAUUUGUUCCAGGUCAGUGACUGAGAGUAUUGAAAACAGGGGGUCAGCAUGAUCGAGAGGUCUUUCUUUCCUGGCCUUUUUUUUUUUUUUUUUUUUUUAUAAUGGAAGGGGUCAGGAAUAGUAGCCUGUUUCUCUUAUGACAGCCCUACUUUACUAUUUAUGAACAAAUGACAUACUUCUAAACGUUUUCCUUCUUCAGUCUUAAAGUGAACCUAUUCUCAUUGAUUUAUGCAUAACAUAUGUUGUUUUUCUGGGGGUUAUAUAAAGAAUAAUUAGAAGGGCUAAAAUACCUUACCUUUUGGAAAAGAUUUUGCAACAGGCUACUUCCAGUACUGGUCACGUGACCUAAAUCCUAGGCAUUCGGGUGACCAAAUGCCUAUUUAUUUUGGUUGCAUACCCAGAGGGAGGUUUGACCGUAGUAUUUCUUACAGGAAAAGUAUUACAGCCAUUUUUUUUUACACCAUCCCAGCUAAAAAUGUAAAGCGGUAGAAAACAUUAAAACAAAUUUAAAAUAAAACUCUCUUGCAAGGUAAAGGCAUAAUUAUGAACAUUAUGAAAGACUUGCAUUAUAUGAAAGACUUCCCUUGAAACAAAGCCCUCCAGUGGCACGCUAUCACUGCUGCAGAGGCUUCCAUCUUCACCCGAUCUUCCUUCCGGGUUUGCAGGCUGCGGUCGCUUGAAUGGCCGAGCCAUGAUGACGUCGCUCCCAUGGCACAGGGCUCUGAAGGAACGGCAUGGGUAUGCUGUUCCUUCAGAGCACAUGUGCUGGUGAUGUCACUGGCUGCUGCUGCUCACUAGAAUAUAUUUACCUAAAGGUAAGCUUACCUGUAGGAUAAAUGAACAUCUACUAGACAUUCAUCAUUUAAAAGAUAAAGAGAGUUUACUACCACUUUAACAUAUUGAGCAUAGGGUCACAUUAAGCAAAAUGUUUAUCCCUUGUAUGUUAACUUGGUUAAGAUUCAAAUUUGUUUUUUAAAAGAAAUGUAGCUGCCAGUUAUUACAUAAUCUAAAUCUACACACAUAUAAAUUGGGGCUCGUGUAUGACCCAUAGAUAAUAUACCAUUAAUUUUGUCUGGUCUUCAAUAACUAAUCAAAGAUGGUGCAGACUUUUUGCAGUGUUUGUAUUGUUUCACUAUGUAUGUGCAGUUCUGAAUGUAUUUAUUUCACCACCCCCUCUGGAUGGCAGCAGCAAAUAAGCAGGUUGGUUUAUACAUCCUGACCAUAAUAAAUGUUUACUUCAAUACGUUUGUCAGGGGCCUUUCUGGAAGGGCCAAGUUGAAGCUGUCACAUGGGGCUAAAAUCCUUUCUGUCAUGGGCCCUCAAACACUGCAAGGUGCCUGUGGCAGGCAUUUUAAUGCUUUGAAGACUAAAGGAUUUCAGAAAAAGCAAACAAACCUAAAUAUCCUCAGAGACUCAACAAAUAGCCAUAAAUCACCAAGUGGGACUUUCUGUAGUUCUUCUGUUUCAUACUGGAUACUUCUGUAAUUUUUUUUUUUUUUUUUUUUAUUGUUACAAUGUCACCGGCUUCAUUUGGUAUAAAUAUAAAUGUAUUUUUUUUUUCUGCAAAAUGCUUUCCUUCUAUGUUUUUUUUUAUUUUUUUUAUUUUUUUUUUUAUUUUUUUUAUUCCUGUUUUUUGAUGGAAUGUUUGGUAAUUCCUUCAGUCCUUCAGGUACAGGAGGUGAAAUGAGACUAAGAAGGGAUGUGUCCUUAUCCCUUGUGUCCUGUUUCUAAGGGGCCCAUUUAAACCAUGUUUGUUGUGGCAACAUGUGCAUUACUGCAAGGUGCAAUGUGGUAGCAGUCAUUCUCUUUAGCACCCCAAGACGCACCUGCUGAAGGUCAUGCAACAACACACUGACAUGCACUGUGGUGUGCUGCACUGCCAAAAGAUGGUGAUUGUACCAUUCUUGGCAGCACACUUCAACGCACAUUAGUGUGUUGCCGUGUUUUGCUCUGCAAAGCACAUCUGUGGGCGGCAGGGUGAUUUGGGGUGAUCGUUAAAUAAAUGCCACAACAUUGCACCACUUAGCGUUGCGGUAGUGUGCAUUUUAUCAGGACAACAUGUGACCUGGUCCUUUAAAGUUUAACGGGAGUAUGAGGACCACAUUAAACAUUGCCCCACUGCAGAUAUGAUCAACUACUGGAUGGGACUAGAAAUACAGCAAAUUAUUUCAGUGACAUUUUGUCUAUCCUGCCACAGCAGGGAGCUGUGCAGUGAUGAGAUAUGGUUUGUGUGUUGCUUGUGGUUGCUUAAAAAAAAAUGAAAUAAAGGAAUGUAUUUUUUUUUUUUUCAUGCCAAAUAUACAAAUGCGCUAAAUGGUAUAUUGUUCCUAUUGGAAAUGUAGGCAAAAAUGUUAUCGUUCUUAUAAACAUUAAUAUAUUGGUUAGUAGACUGAAGCCUUAUUUUCCUGAAGAUUAUAAUAAAGAAAAACUAUAACCUUGUCCAGGUCAAGUCAACAAAGUUUUUGCUUUGAUGGUACGAAUCUGCACGUAUUCUGUUUAAUUUCAGUUAUUUGUGCCCAGUCAUGCUACGCUUUUGUAAUCUGAACAGAAGAUUCAUCUGCCUUUUACCAAGUCUGCCAAAGCCCAACCUCUUCUCAAGUCUGCCAAAGCCCAACCUCUUCUAACUCCAAAACAAUCCAAGAAGAUUCUGAUUUGUGAGCAACCGUGCAUUAUCAUUAUGCAACACAAGUGUAUCUCUUAUACUAAAUCGGAAACCAGGUGAACCUUAAAAAUGUGUAAAUGGUUAAAAUAAAGAACCACUUUGCCCACUUUACAAGCUGCAGUCAUAAAACCACAAUCCUGAACAGAUUGUAUGCAGCGUGACAGGCAUUUGACACUGGGCAUUAGUUUAGUGUGUCAUAUAUAUACGUGAUUACUAGAGAGAGGUUCCACCUGUCUGACUUCUAGGAAUCUUGCCAGGGAGGCACCCUUUUUAUUGUGUAACAGCUUACCUUGUUUAUAGAUCGUGAAUCACUAGCUUCAGAUUAAAAAAAACAAGGUAAUUUUGUCAGGGUAAUUAAAGACCUCUAAUUGCUCCUAAAUAACACCCAGAUCACAGACUUGUCUCAGGGCUGGGCAUAGGUACUUUUUUUUUUCUUUUUUCUUUUCUUUUCUUUUGGUGUUCUAGCUACUUAUGCUGAGAAAUUUGUGGCUGGUUAUCUACACACGAUGUUAGUGAAAUGGCUUGCUUAUUUCUGGUCCUUUCCAUCUGUAGUACACAAGUGAUGACGCAAAGAACUGGAAAAGGAGAUAUAGUGACUUUCUCUGUUCUCAGUCCUACCUCUUUGCUUCCCGGGGCUGCAAUGUUCUCCUCAUGGAUUUUCUAUUCAGGUCAGAGCACUCUAUGGAGGAGCUCAUACUCUAGUGUCAUAUAGAUAAAAUAAAGUGGAUACAGAAGAUUCUGGUGAUCUGAACAUUCGAAAAACUUUCAGUCUUAAUGUACAGUGAUGAAAAAGAACUGUUAUUUUAUGAUCUUUUCAUUAAAAGCUUGAUUGAAAACUGUU